AUGCCUUUGCUUGGCGUUGGACUUGUCAGCAGCGUCUCACACGCUUGCGCCACGGUCAGCCUGAUUCCUGCCAGGGACCAGGAGCGCUCAGCAAUGGCAGCUUUCGCGAGCAAGGUCCCCAGACGACUUGCUGACCCAAAGUACCACGCAGACAAGCCUUUUGUUGGCAAGCUGAGCCAGAAGGACAUUGACCACACCUCCAACGCAUGGCUGUCCACGUCUCCCGAGAUGAUUUCCGAUCUUACGGAUGGCAAAGUGAAGCUCGAGACACACGUGGUCCUCUCCAACCGCACACUGAAGAACACCCACAGAGACCCCCCCGGGAUGAUCUACCCCGAAGACAUGUCCGAGGGUGUCGGGAAGCUUGUCGACCCUAAGGACACGGGCCCACAUCACUACCAAGAGAGGCGCAACAACCUGCCCGACUGGCCGGCGUACUAUCGAGACAUGCUCAGCGGCGUCGUGGAUGGCCAUCUCGGGUAUGGCUCCAAGGCAUGGGCGUUUCGGGUCGCGCGUCGAGGCAGCGAGGAGUGUUGCUCCCAAGUCCCGGCUCUCGAGUGCGGUCGUUGUGGUGAGCAGCCGACGUCUCCGGAGACGUCUGGCCUCAACUACAUAGUAUGGGCUUGA